AUGCUCUACUUGCUGGGUGUCAAUCUGCCAGAUGAGAAGCUGGUUCAUAUUGCCUUGACAUCCGUAUAUGGAGUUGGCAGAAAAACCGGUGAGCAGAUUUGCCACAAACUCUUGAUUCAUCCACAAUGUCGUCUCAAAGAUCUUCCUGAAAGCAAAGUCACUCAGCUUUCGCAACUCCUCAAUACAAUGACCAUUGAGGCUGAGCUGAGACGACAAACCGAGGAAAACAUCAAGUCAUUGGUUGACAUGGGAACGUAUCGUGGUAUGAGACAUAAGGCUGGACUGCCUGUAAACGGACAGCGUACUAGAUCGAAUGCUUCGACUGCCAAGCGACUUAAUGGAAAAUUUUUAGUUCGAGCCAUUACUACUCCUACACCCACCAAAACUCAAGGAAGACCAGGUGCAAAAAACCGUAAAUUCUCAACGUAA